AAGCAAAACAAAUGCAGUUACUUUGAUAAACUUUAUAGUGAAAAUCUGCCUCUUUCCUCACUUCCUCUCCGGUCAACGUCACGACUUUUCCUUGUUUCCCAGGAAGCGGCUCAUCUGUUUGACAGUCUGGGAUUAAAGUUUUCUCCAGUUCUCUGAAAGCUUCAACUUUACUUGUUUCUGCUCUGCGAAGCUUAGAAACAUGUUCUCUUCUCACUUUGAUAGAAACAAAACGUUUGUUUGGCCUCACACCAAAUACUGUGAGCACAGGAUUGUGUGACUGCAGGAGGAGCGUCAACAUUCAGCCUUAAAGAAGAUCACCUGCACGAAAAUAAGAACAAACAUGGAGACACCUUUAAAGCAACAGCUGCUAGAAACGCUGGAGGAUUUGGGAGAUGAAGAGCUGAAACUUUUCCACUGGUACCUUCAGAAUCCUGAGUUACUGGAUGGUUUCUCAGCCAUGAAAAAGUCCCGUCUGCAGAAGGCAGACCGACCAGAUACGGUGGAUUUGAUGGUUAACACAUAUACUCCAGAAAGUGUGAUGGAGGUGAUGAGUUUGAUAUUAAAGAGGAUGAAGAAGAAUCACAACCAGUCAGAAGAAACUUUUCCAAAGGAGCAGAAACCUUUGCCCAAGCUCAUCCCCAACGCAGAUGACGUACAGACGGAUCGGGAUAAAGACAUCUACCCUGUGACUGAAGAGUCCGUACGGAGUCGUGUGGCCCUGCUGAUCAAUAAUAUGCAUUUCCCUGGGAGCUUUCUGCCGACUAGAAAAGGAUCUGAGAAAGACGAGCUGGCCAUGCAAAAUUUGCUCACAGGUUUCGGAUACGAGGUGUUGAAAUAUAAAGACUUAUCUACACAGGAGAUGGACGACGCUCUGGUUCGGUUCUGUUAACCUCCAAAACUCAACCACACAGACAGUGUGAUUGUGGUUGUCCUUUCUCAUGGAGAAAUGGGAGUUAUUUAUGGCAGUGAAAGUAGGGGUUAUCUUAUUGAUCGACUUUAUGAGCACUUAAGCCCAAAGAAU